AUAUUUGGAUUUGCACUGCAUUUUGGAAUUCAUCUUCACUUACAAUGUCACCAUCAAAUGGAGGUCCAGUUCGACCCAGCCCCCCAGAUGGAGGCUGGGGUUGGGCAGUGGUUACUGGAGCUUUUAUUUCCAUUGGCUUCUCUUGUGCAUUUGGCAAAUCUAUUUCUGUAUUUUACAAAGAAAUUGAAGAAAUAUUUAAUGCCAGCACCAGCAAAGUGUCAUGGAUCUCUUCUAUUAUGUUCGCUGUCAUGUAUGCUGGAGGUCCUGUCAGCAGUAUCCUGGUGAAUAAAUAUGGCAGUCGUCCAACCAUGAUUGUUGGUGGCUGCUUGACAGGCUGUGGCUUGAUUGCAGCUUCUUUCUCCAACACUGUACAGGAACUUUACUUGUACAUUGGAUUCAUUGGAGGUCUUGGGCUUGCCUUCAACUUGAAUCCGGCUCUGACGAUGAUUGGCAAGUAUUUCUACAAGAAGCGACCAUUGGCAAAUGGACUGGCCAUGGCAGGCAGCCCUGUGUUCCUCUCUACCCUGGCCCCCCUCAAUCAGGCUUUCCUCGGUAUCUUUGGCUGGAGAGGAAGCUUCCUAAUUCUUGGGGGCCUCCUACUAAACUGCUGUGUAGCUGGUGCCCUGAUGCGACCAAUAGGGCCCCCACCAAUGAAUGCAGGGAAAGACAGGUCUAAAGAAUCCCUUCAGGAUGCUGGAAGAUCUGAUGUAGAAAAGGGGACAAAUAAUGCAAGUACAGAUUUUAAUGGAAGAAACCCCAAAGACAAGAAACAAUCAGUUUUUCAAAGAGUUAACAAAGUUAUAGACUUAUCCCUGUUUACCCACAGAGGCUUUCUACUAUACCUCUCUGGGAAUGUGGUGAUGGCUUUUGGGCUGGCUACUCCUUUAGUCUUUCUUAGUAAUUAUGGCAAGAGUAAACAUUACUCUAGUGAGAAGGCUGCCUUCCUUCUUUCCAUUCUGUCUUUUGUUGAUAUUGUAGCCAGACCUUCUAUGGGACUUGUAGCCAACACAAAGUGGAUAAGACCUCGAGUUCAGUACUUUUUUGCUGCUUCUAUUAUUGCAAAUGGAGUGUGUCAUCUGCUAGCACCUUUAUCCUCCAGCUACAUUGGGUUCUGUGUCUAUGCGGGAUUCCUUGGAUUUGCAUUUGGGUGGUUUAGCUCCGUAUUAUUCGAAACACUGAUGGACCUUGUUGGACCCCAGAGGUUCUCCAGCGCUGUGGGAUUGGUGACCAUUGUGGAAUGCUGUCCUGUCCUCCUGGGGCCGCCACUUUUAGGUCGUCUGAAUGACAUCUAUGGAGACUACAAAUACACAUACUGGGCGUGUGGUGUGAUCCUAAUUAUUGCAGGCAUCUAUCUCUUCAUUGGCAUGGGCAUCAAUUAUCGGCUUGUGGCGAAAGAACAGAAAGCAGAGAAGCAGCAGAAAAAGGAAGGUAAAGAGAAGCCAAAAGAAGUUAUUAAAGCAGCAGACUCUAGAGGAUAGAGAGGCACAUAAGGCCCCAAAGAGGAGAAACAUCCAGUCUGAACCAUGGAUAACCAGAGAAGCUUUGGACUAAAAACACCUGAAAAAUUCUACUGAAUCUUGUUCUAUUGGCACUGCUCACCACAGCCAGUGGACAUUUGUGUGGAAGUCAUACCAGGUACCCACUGAUGGAAUUUUUGUUUCAUUCCCUCACAGCAGUCAUAAUGUAUAUGUCACAUCCUUUGGGGCCAGGGGAUUUACAGAAGAUAACAGAUGAAAAUGCUUUUAUUUGAAGUCAUCUUUGUUAAGAUAUACUUUACAUACAAUAAUUAGUCUCUUUUAUAAGACUCAAGUUUGAUGAAUUUUGACAAGGCAUCUAUAUAAAUAACUACCCCCCCAAUAUAGAACAUUUCAGACAGCCAAAGUAAUUCCCUCUUGCCCCUCUGCAGUCCAUUCUUUCCCUUCCCUACAUCCCCUGGCAACCACUGGUCUUAUUUCUGUCCCCUAUAGUUUUGCCUUUUCCAGAAGGUAGUAAAUGAAAUCACAUCAUAGUAUGUAGCUAGCAUAAUAAGAAAUAUAUAUUUCAUCUUUGUCCCUAGUUUCUGGUACAGAGCUCCUAAAACCCUUGGAUUUCUGGGUGAUGAGUGUUUUCCGCAUUCUAGUUAGAUAACUGAUGUCUAGAACCCCCUAGAUAGCUUCAAGAUAGGGACUGGUCUCCAAAAAGACCAAGGCUUUGAUCAGAGGGUUGGGACUUUCAGCCCCUCUCCCACGACCUCUGGGGAAAGGGGAGGGGCUGGAAGUUAAGUUCAAUUACUAACAGCCAGUGAUUUAAUCAACCAUGCCUACACAGUGAAACCUCCAUAAAAACUCCUAAACUGCAAGGCUUAGAGAGCUCCCUGGUUGGUGAAUACAUUGACGGGCUGGUGUCCGGAGGGUAGGAUGCUCAGACAAGACACGGAAGCUCCACGCCACGCCUCCCCACCAUACCUCAUCCAUUGCGUCCUAUGCAUCUCUUUCAUUUGGCUGUUCCUGAGUCGUCUCCUUUAUAAUAUAUCAAUAAACGUAAGCAAAGUGUU